CAAACUUUACUCCUCCUUUUUCUCUCAACACUCAAGCUCUGAGAACGACGGUGGUCUUCGUCAAUGGCAUCGUCUUCUUCAUCUUCAGGUGAAUUUGGUGUUAAUGGUAUCCAUGUUGCUGCCUUUCUCGGAGACCUGCCCCUGUUCAAGAGGCUGGCUGACGAGUAUCAGAGAUUAGGUCCAAAAAUUGAGAGCAUAAGAGAUGAGGAUGAUCAUACCGUUUUGCACUGUGCGGCAGCCGGAGGAAGAACUCAGGUUUGCGAGUAUAUUGUGGAGGAACUAAAGCUUGACAUUGACGUGAAGGAUAUAGAUGACUUGACUCCUUUACAUACUGCAAUUUUGAGGGGACACUUUCUUACGGCUGUUUAUCUUAUUGAGAAUGGUGCAGAUCUGAAUGCUGCAACUUGCUUGCAGCGAACCCCUGUGCAUUACGCUGCAAGACUUGGACCUGAGGAACUUCUAAAGCUUUUAAUCAUGAAGGGUGCUGACGUCAAUGCGGUGGCUGAUAUUGGCACACCAUUGGUAGAUGCAGCAUAUUGGGGCAAAAAAGGAUUUGUUAGAACUCUGCUGGAUAACAACGCUGAUCCAAAUGCAAUCUCAUAUGGUUUGACAUCUCCAUUGCUGGCUUCUAUCGAAACUCGAUCAAUUGAAUGUGUUAAGUUGCUGCUUAAGGCAGGAGCUGAUCCAAAUCUUUCUGGUUCUAAAGUACUCAUACCUUUAGUAGUUGCUGCUCGUCGAGAGGACAAAGAAAUUAUUAAAUGCUUGUUGAAUGCUGGAGCUGAUCCAAAUGUAACUAACAAUUCAGGGAUGACACCAAUUGAAGUUGCAGCAUCCCGUUCUUUUCUUGAGGGUGUCAAGAUUUUCUUUCCAGUGACUUCUCCUAUUCCAGCUAUUCCAGACUGGAGCAUUGCUGGACUAAUCAAGCACGUUUGCUCUGAUAAGGCUAAAGAAGAGAGGAAGCAGAAGUUGGAGGAACAUAUUUUGCUGUCAAAAUCAAAAGGACUAGAGGCUUUCAACAGGAAGGAUUAUUAUGGUGCAAUAAAGUGGUACAGCGAGGUGUAUCUUUCCAAUAACGAUGCAAAAAUGUUAUCCAACCGAAGCUUGUGUUGGAUCCGCUUGAAUGAGGGAGGGCUUGCAUUACAAGAAGCUGAAAAUUGCAUUAAACGGAGGCCUGACUGGCCAAAGGCACACUACAGGAAAGGUGCAGCGAUGAUGCUAUUGAAAGAUUACAAGAGAGCCAUGGAUGCCUUCUCUAUCGGUCUGAAGUUGGCUCCUAAAAACAAGGAGCUUGAACAUGCUUUAAGGGAAGCAAUGGAAGCCAAGCUUAAGGAACAGCAUUUAUCUGGAAAAUAAGAUUGCUUGGCUUGGCUUGGCUUGGCUUGGCUUGCAUGUUUUUCCCUAGUUGGUAUUCCACUUUAUCAAUAUGAUGAAUGGAAGGAAGAUGAAAACUACUAUGGUGAAAACUUUUUUCAAGUAUCUUUUGGUUAGGGGUUGUCUGUAAUGUGUUGUGCGGCACUUGUGGUCUUUCUUCUUUUUUUUCUUUUUUUUUUUUUUCUUUUUUGAGAAAAAGCUAUUAUAUUGAUAAUGAAGCAAACAAUUACAA